UAAGCGGCUCCGAGCAUCCCAGUGGGACUGCGGACUGCGGUCCUUUCGGAUUUUGGAGUUUUUUUUUUAAUCGCUUCGAUCGUAGUAACGAUGUGUGGACGAGGAAUGUGACCUCAGGCACGAAAAGGAAGGAUGGAGUUGUCGCGCUGUAGGAUCAGGCGCACCGGAUGCAAUGCCCUGAGAAGCUGUUUCUACUGCACCGUGGGCCUCAUCUGGGCGGACGGUGACUGCGUUUUCAUCACACCGUUGCAGCCGCCCAAGAAUUCUUCGACCAGCCAUCACCAAGUCCACUUCUGCCGACAUCAGGUGCUCGGCUUGUUCAGGACAGUGCACGGCCUGUGCUAUAGCAGCCCCAAGAAAUGGCCCCCGCUGAUCAGUGUGGUGGCCGAGCGGGUGGACGACGGCUCCCUGGAGCUCUCUAUCUGGCGCAUGAACACAGCCGUCCAGUGCGUCUCUUUUUCCAAGUGGGCCAUCCUGGCUUUGCCCCAACAGCCCGUGCUGCAAGGCUGUCUCUGGCAUCCUGAGCGUGAUGUCUUCUGCCUGGUGUUCAAGGACUCAGCGCGUAUCUACGUGGUCAACGAAGACAGCUCAGAGCUUCAGGAGGUCAAAACCAUCACUCCUUUUGCUGGAUCUCGGUUUGUGUGUGGCACCUGGAGCAAAAAUGGCAAGAGGCUCAUCUUGGCGACGGAAUCGACUCUCAUGUUUUACAGCAUACCAUGUUCCGAUAUUGAGCAGACAGAAAUGGAGGUCAUUCUCGGACUGGAAAGGGUGUGCUGUAUCGAGGGCCUGGACGGGGACCGGUUUGUGUGCACGGUGGAGCUUCCCCUGGACAGCAUGGUGGUGAGGAGCCGCUCGGAGCGCUACCUCAUGGACCAGACUCGGGGGCCCCUGGAGACCCUUCUCAACAUCCAUGCGGCCACCGAGGGUCCACUGGAAGGCAGCUCACAGUUGUUCCUACUACAGUGGAACCCGGACACGGACAAGCCAGAAGUCCGCAGCUGGGACGAGCUGUAUGGCAUCCUCUCACCUGACCUCCUAGCUGUCGAGCCUUCAUCAAGCCUCAUCGUGGUUGGGAGCAACAGCUGCCACACCCUGUACGUUUAUGGCAUUGUCGACGAGCAACUUGAGAAGCUCCAUGACAUUAACCUGCCCAAGGAGGAGAGGCCCAAGGGGGUGACAAUCCACAACCAGGAGGCGUUGCUGAUGAUGGCCAAGUUGCCUGAGGAAGAGCGCCAGGUGCUGUCACUGCCACGCUCAGAGUUUGUCGAGUACGAGGUGGUGCUCCAGAGCAUCCCGCUGUCGGCCCAGCCUCAAGGAGCUUGCACCCUGCAGAGCUUGCUGGGUCAAGCGGCGGCCAAGUCGUCUGCCUCGCUAGACAGUGCAGUCUCCGAUCCCAUCGCCAGGUAUGGCAACCUGUACAGCAAGACCCCGCAGGGUCCAGCAUCAACGGCUAGCUCGAGCCACCUACUAGCAGGCGUAGGCGAACUGAACCGGUGUGAUCCUGCUGCCACCAUGACCUGGCCCCGGGGCCUGCUGGGUGACCUCAAAAGCCACCUACAGGCAUCCGCCGCGCCUCCGCCACGGCCAUCCUCGUCGGCGACUAGCGAGAGCCACCUCGCCCAUCGAGCAAGACGUUCGGAUCCGACUCCGUUGGUUGAGGACCUGACCAGCCUUCUUCACUUUCACGAGGCCGGUCGAAGUGCAGAGCCCCCACCGGCCAACGACCUGCUUGAUCUGUCAAGCCUCCUGUCGGGCGGUGGGCUGUCCUCUUCAGAGUUGCUCGUGGGCCGGAACUUCGAGGAGCUCGACGGGGACGUCUGUGGCCGCCUAGGUGGGGGCUUUCACGAGGAGUUCUUCAAGAAGUCCACUGGCGAUGGCGUACGUCAAGACGCCGGCGGCACACCUCGCACUCCCAUGGCGGCACCGGGAGGUGGUCCACACACACUGCCACGUGCUGCGGAGCACACAGCACCUGCUGCAUCCGCGACCAGCACGCUCGGCUCAAUGGCUUCACGUCUGGCGGGCCUCGAGGGCUGCCUGGCCGCACUGGGCCGAAGCCAGAGUCGAGAACUGCAGGAGAUUAAGGCCGAACUGUCAGCCAUUCGUCGCCUUCUCAUCUCAGUCCUGUUUCACGUGCUGCCAGAGGAAGCGAGGAGUGACGCCGUUGCCAAGUACACGUGAGGCGAGACUACUCGCCCGACAUUAGCCAAAUGGAGAGCUCCAACCGCGAAACACGCGAAGGUUUAUCUCUGUCCAUGUUUUGCUAAGCAAGAGGGUUAGUGACGUGCUGUUGUAGGUCUUUCUCAAUAUAAACAACGGCGACAGCCAAAGCUUAUUUGGUGAGAACACUGUUUCGUCCACAUUUUGUGGCUGGCUUCAAACUGCAAACGAUGUGCUGUACCCUACCCAAGUGACUGGCAUCUGCUUUGUUCCACUGUGUACAGCUCAGAAGGGCGACAUCGCCAACAUGGUGAUGUGCUUUCGUUUCUUUGCCUGCCUGUGCUACAAAUGUUCCUUUUUCAAGUAGUAUUGAGAAUCUUGCUUCAUGCGGUUUGUGCAGAUGGUGUUGUGCAUUCCAUUGCUAAUGGAACUGCAGUGUGUGACAUCAAUUUAUACAAGCCUACGCAAUACCAUUAUGACAGGCAUAUUUCUUCUUUUCAUGACCAAAACCAGCACUCUAUAGAUGUGGUGAAGCAAAAAAAAAAAAAAAGACAUUUGCGACACAGACCACAGAUGCAUUUUUGAAUGGCCCAUACUUGCAGUGCGUCACUCUUGCUCAUUACUUUCACUUGGGUGUGGUGACAUAAAACAGUGGCCACCCUUCUUCUGUUUAUCUUUCAUUUUUUUGUGUGUGUUGCUACGUAGGUAACAUAUGUCAUUCUUCUUUGCACAAGGCAUUUCCAAACAGAUGGAAAGACCCGCUGUCAUGGCUUUUGCCAAAGCCACAGCAGUUCAACGAACCAUAUUAAAAGGAGGUGCCAGGGUUUCUUCUGUGCAUAUUGUGCUACGUUGACGUAAGUAUGCACUGAUAUACAAAAGAGCAUAUACAAACAGUGCUGCUUACACAGAACUGCAGGUGCGAGCCAAGAAUUGACUCAAUUGCAUUAGAAAAUGUUUUUUCUGGGAAGCACAGUCACUUCUCUGCUCUCAAGAGACGUGCCUGUGUGCGUGUGUGUGCAUGUGUGCUUUUGCGGACAAACGAAAUGUCUCUGCCAUUGUGGCAUGAAGGCCGCACAUCUCGCAGACCGACUGACUUGACCCAGGGGGCUGGCCUUCUCUUCAGAAAAUGGGUCGCAGUGGAUCGACUUCAAAGCACAGAAACUGGGCGGAAAUCUGUCUGCUGGAACAAAAGCAUUUGCUCUUCAUUGCCACAGGAUGGCUUUCAGUAUAUACCUGUUUGGCACAUGUUUUCUGUACAUAUACUAUACAUAGAAGUGAGGAGAAUAGGGCUGCAGAACACUGCUCAGCCAUAGUUGACAGGGACCUGCUUGCUCAGCAGGUUCCUGCAACACUGACAAAUGCGGCAGUUGCUAAUGGUCACACACAAGAAUGGGGUGGGUGAACAAAUAAAGGACUCUUUUAUAGGAUUUGUAAGCACAUUCCCGUAUGCAUCCUGAAGAGGAAAGGCCUCUCGUUGCACUGCUCUAUGCCAGCUAUGUGCGUCGUGUGACGUAGAAACCUUGCUAUUCAUCAUUGUUCUUGUCAACACGGAUUUCAUGCAGCUGAUGCUUGAUCUUAGAGUAGUUGGGAAUGUCUCAUUUUACAUGCUCCCUUCUUAUUUGGUUAGUGCACAAGCAUUCAGGCAUCCACCCUGCAAGAGAGAAAAUGAAGCUAAUGUAAAUUUCUCUGGUUGUUUUACCUAGACGGCCCUUUUCAGAGCCAGUCUUGUGACAUAAAUACCAACCAAUUUAAUUGCCCAGGAAUUUGUUGCACGUACUAAGGGGUUUGGAACUCCUGGAUGACUUCGCAACGUGAGAAGGACUAAGUAAAUCAGUGCGAAGCCCACUCUCUUGGUGAGAACAACAAUCGGUCAGUGAAGGCACACCAGCUGAUUUCACUUUCAUCGCUGCCAACUUGGCACAAGUUGAUGUUCACUUUUGGAUUUGUGGAAAACGGAGCAGGAACCUUUGCAAAGACCCUCAAGCUUUGGCUACAAAUAUAAUUCAGCUAGGCUUUCUCUGCUGUGCUUCCUCGAGGUCACCUUGUUUUAUUUCAAUGCUCCUCUUUGCUUAUCUAGCUCGGGACAAGUCUGAGGCUUCUUUGUGCAAGGCUGUGUUAGUAAUGUAUUCGGGCUUUGUUGUAGUGAAGUUGCUGGGUCAUUCUCGAUUGCGCCAUUUGGCCACCUCAGUAUGGCUCUCCUAAAUUUUAUCUAAAGAGCAAGCACAUGAGCUCGCCUCACUUUCUUGUGCACUCCCUGUUCAUCUCCAAUUUGCAGAAGCUCAAAGGUGCUGCAAUCUCUCAGGCUGCGCAUGUUUGGUCCGGCCACUGUUUACACAAGGCCAGGUGCUUUAACACCCAUGUUGCGUGGACACUGCCUGUAUUCUCGUUUGAAUGUGACCAGGUCUUUGCUGCCCUCUUUGUGGUGUUCAGAAACAUUGGACAAAAAUCCAAGAGCUUUUGUGUCACUCAACAUACACGCUGUGGCCAUCAUUGCUUUGGUCUAAGCAAGUUGGUGUCACACUAGUGAGGUUCAACAGCACGACGGGCACAGAACACGUGUCUAAUGCUGAACUACCAACUGAUAGAAUUCGAUAGAAGUGCUUAUUACAGCAUCAAGUGUCACUACUGACAACCUGCCAUGUGCACAAAGUAGCCAAUAUCAACCGCAAUCAUAACUGCUAUCUUUAAAAAUGGAGGGUGACAUCAUAAAAACAAACAAGCCUAUGAAAUAUUUUAAAAUACACCACUGUGUAAAACACUAUAGCACAUAUUCAUCAUCUUCUCAUCAAAACAGUGCUGCAUGUGCUCCUCCCAAAUCAGCUCACAAAAGCCAGAUGUUGAGGCGACUACAAAUGUGACAGGUUAAAGGCAACACUGCCUAAUUAAAAGCCUAAAAAACUUCCAUGUGGCCUACAAAUGUGGCCUUCCGAGAAUGUCAUCUAGACUACAAAUGUGGCCUUCCGAGAAUGUCAUCUCGUCUUUUCAGAGAAACACCCGCCACGGUGGUCUAGUGGCUAAGGCACUCGUCUGAUGACCCGCAGGUAGCGGGAUCGAAUCUCGGCUGCAGUUUCAAUGGAGGCAAAAAUGCUUCAAGCCCGUGUGCUUAGAUUUAGGUAAACGUUAAAGAACUGCAGGUGGUCGGAAUUUCCUAAGCCCUUUUAUAUGGCAUCUCUAAUAAUCAUAUGGUGUCUUGGGAUGUUAAAUCUGAUUAAUUAUUUUUUGUGAGAAAUACGGAUGGUUCACUUACACAACUGUCUCCUGCUUUGUUGAUCA